CAAUAUUGGAGUGAGUAGGAGCUAUAAUAGGAGCAUGCGACACGAACAAACUUCUUACAACGCACCUGAACUCAACGCACCCCGGCAUCGUCCGUUCCGUCAUCUGGCGUGAUCUGGUCCCAUCGGUCCCAUAUUACAACGUCGAAUUUGCUGACCGACCAUUCGGGGUCGUUGUCGCCUUGUUGGGCGCGUGGACUCCAAAAUUUGUUUUAGACUCGUCUAAAAAAAACGAUAUAAAGAGAGCUACGGACUGAAUCUUGACAGACAUGAUACGAAUCACAUCGAGGAUACGUAACGGAUUGGUAUGCGCGAUCUUCCGUGGUUCCGUGCGAACCAGCACCAAAUCCAUUGUCGUCCGAUAUCUUCACAGAAAACAUCAACAAAGACUUCAGCUGUACAGUGCUUUGCAUUUUGUCCCAACACCAUGGCAGCAACAGCUCAGGUUUUAUGUCGAUUAUCCUAAUCAUAUCAAGGUCCCACUUCCAGCAUUGUCUCCUACCAUGGAAACAGGAACAAUAAUCAGCUGGCAGAAGAAGGAGGGUGACAAGUUAAAUGAAGGUGAUCUGCUAGCAGAGAUUGAAACAGAUAAAGCUACCAUGGGAUUUGAAACUCCUGAGGAAGGUUAUCUAGCCAAGAUUUUAGUACCUGCAGGAACAAAGAAUGUGCCUAUAGGCAAACUAGUUUGCAUUAUUGUACAAGACGAAUCUAAUGUAGCCGCAUUUAAAGACUUUAAAGAUGAUACAGUGGAGCCAGCUGUACCUCCUCCUCCUAAACCAGCAGCUCCUACAACACCUGCACCACCACCAGUAAAAACAGAAGUAGCUCCACCUGUACCAGCCGCAAAAGUUCCUUCUAUCGUACCACCUUCCGAAGAAAGAAUAUAUGUCAGUCCAUUAGCAAAAAAAUUAGCGGCUAAAAAAGGACUUAGUUUACAGGGUUUAAAGGGAACAGGAUUGUAUGGCUCUAUAACAUCUAAAGAUUUGGAGGGUGCGGUAGUACAACCAGCAGUACCCAGCAUUGGUGCACCAACUGGAGUAGAUAUUCCUAUAUCAAAUAUACGUAUGGUUAUUGCUAAACGUUUGUCAGAGAGCAAGCAGACGAUUCCGCAUUAUUAUCUCUCGGCAGAUAUAAAAAUGGAUGCCGUAUUGGCGAUGCGAGAACAGUUUAAUAAAUUGUUAGAAAAAGACAAACUAAAAAUAAGCAUAAAUGAUAUUAUCAUCAAAGGAAUGGCAAUGGCUUGUAAAAAGGUACCAGAAGGCAAUAGCGCUUGGUUAGGAAAUGUCAUUCGACAAUAUAAUAAUGUGGACGUUAGUGUAGCAGUAAGCACAGAUAGCGGUCUAAUCACUCCCAUAGUGUUUGGUGCCGACGUAAAAGGUAUAGUUCAAAUUAGUAAAGAUGUGAAGGCAUUGGCUACGAAGGCGAGAGAAGGAAAAUUAAAGCCACACGAGUUUCAAGGAGGAACAAUUACCAUAUCCAAUCUUGGCAUGUUCGGAAUUAAGAAUUUUUCUGCUAUAAUAAAUCCUCCACAGUCUAUCAUUCUCGCUACAGGUGUCACAGAGGCUAAACUGAUACCUGCCAAAAACGAGAAAGGAUUUACCACUGCCCAAUAUAUGUCUGUAACUGCCAGCUGUGAUCACCGUACCGUUGAUGGUGCGGUAGGUGCACAAUGGUUAGCCGCUUUUAAGGAUUUGAUGGAAAAUCCAACGACAAUGCUUUUAUAAAAUGUUAUUUUAGACAAAAACACGAUCUACACGAUGUUUCAAAAGUAAUACAUUU